AUGGGUUUCGUCUCAGGUGGCAGACGCUGGCGGCUCUGGCAGAAGCCGGGCUUGGAUGUACAAUCCAACGAGACCCAGACCAGUACGAGCCAGCAACAACAGCCACACCCACAUACGAACGAAGAGACAGAACAUGGACAGCGGACUCGUUCGCGUUCUACGUCCCUUCGCCGGAUAUCAUCGACAUACACGCAUCAAGUUCCUAUAGCUACUGUCGAAUAUGAUGCUGAAGGUGCAAUUGAUCCGGAUACGGAUAUAGAACGGCUAGGCAGACUACGGCCGCCAGUAUUUAAAAACUGGGCUUCCGAGGCUGCCUUUUGCUUUUCUAUUGUAAUGUCCCAAGUGUUGACGGAAUAUUUCAUUUCUGGGUUUAACGUCAUAAUACCCAGGCUGGUGGAUGAGUUUGAUAUCCCAGAUGCCUCUGCUGUCUGGCCGGCCAGUGCCUUCCCGCUUGUUGUGUCCUCCACCCUCCUUAUCUCUGGCCGUUUGGCAGAUAUGGUGGGUGGCUAUUAUAUGUACGUCGGAGGCAUGGGAUGGCUGUGCAUUUGGUCGGUCAUCGCCAGCUUUUCCAAUAACCGCAUCAUGCUCAUAUUAUGCCGAGCACUGCAAGGCCUUGGCCCUGCUGCCUAUCUGCCGUCCGGAAUGAUGCUCUUAUCAAUCGUGUACCGUCCCGGACCGCGAAAGAACCUAGUUUUUAGUCUCUACGGAACCUGUGCCGUGUUUGGAUUCUUCAUCGGUAUCUUCUGUUCAGGACUGGCCGCUCAAUAUCUCGCAUGGCAGUGGUAUUUCCGCAUCGGCGCCAUUCUCGCAGCGAUCACUACUGUCAGCUCAUUUUUCUUCAUACCCUCAGAUGCGGCCGAGAAACGCAAGCAGGGAGUCAAAAUGGACUACCUGGGCUCGACCCUUAUUGUGGUCGGCCUCACCCUCUUUGUCUUUGCGAUCACAGACAGCGCACAUGCAUCUCAAGGAUGGAAGACACCCUAUGUCUACGUCUCCUUCAUACUUGGCUGUUUAUUCUUGGCUGGGGCUUUCUAUGUGGAGGGAUGGGUCGCAGAGUGGCCCUUGCUACCGUUCGAUUUGUUUGAUGCGCCCUAUAUGAAGGCAAUGGUACUGGCACUGCUCUUCUUUUACGGGUGUUUGGGAGUAUUCUUACUCUAUGGGACUCUAUACAUGGUGCACAUCAUGGGCGCUACAUCAUUACAAGUCGUUGCCUGGUGUACUCCGAUGGUAGUAGGUGGCUUUGCUUUCCCAAUGAUGGUCGGAAUAUGUCUACACCUGGUCUCUGGAACUGUUCUACUUAUUAUCUCCGGAAUAGGCUGGAUAAUGGCCGGCCUCCUGUUCGCAAUAAUGCCUGAUGGUGCAAGCUACUGGGCUUACGCUUUCCCGGCAAUGAUUGGGGCCACACUAGGCAUCGAUGUCACAUUUAACAUUACCAACAUCUUCAUCACCACGAGCCAACCAAAGCAUCGCCAAGGUCUAGCCGGUGCUCUGAUAAACUCCGUCUUAUUCCUGAGUAUCGCGGUUCUACUUGGCUUCGCCGAUGUUGCCCAGGUGGCCACGCUGGACCAAGGCAGGAAGCACAGUUACCGUGUUGUAUUCUGGUUCAAUACUGCAUGUGCAAGCGUUGCACUGCUGAUUAUUGUUCUUUUUGUCAGAGUCAAUCCUGCAGCAAGCGAUCUGACGGUCGACGAAAAGAAGAGACAGCACGAGUUAAGCCAGAGACCGCUAAAUGAUCCAGAAACCCGCGCUCGAGGUGCAGGAGGGAAUAUAUCUACCACAUCUGAACCCGAAAAUCCAUCUCCGUCAUAA